AUCAUGGCACAGAUAUAAUUCAAUCAAUAAUAGAAGAGGAGUUGACAACUAGCGAUACAGACAUUGCAAUGAUACAACCAAUUGCACACUCAUCCAACUUGUCUGUAAAUGGAAUUGUUGUGCAUUGUAUAGAAAAUAAUAUUGCCAAUCCAGUGGAAAUCCUUAAAUUUUGCCAGCAAAACCUUGUGAAAGGAAGACCUCUUGAGAUUACAGAUAUUAAUGAACCACUUUCAGGAAACACAAACUUCAUAAUUGUUGAUAGGGUGAACAUAUUACAGACCUCUUUUGAGGAACUUUCUGACAAGACAACAGAAGAAUUGGGGAAAACUUUAGAAGUCCAGUUCUAUACAGAGGCAGCAGAAGACUAUGGUGGGCCUAGAAAGGAAUUUUUCAGAAUCAUAUUGAGAGCCAUCAAGGAAAAGUAUUUUGACAGUGGAUUACGAGAACUCUUGCAAGAUGAUGAUCGAAUGGUUGGGAUUGUAUUUGCUCUUACCAUACUACAGAAUGGGAAAUUGCCAACAUUCAUGAAUGCAACUUUUCUCUUUCAUGCAACUCCUGUAACUCUAACGUUGAAGAGGCUUAUGAUCAUUUUGAAAGCUGUAUUUAGUGAGAAUGGGUCCAACAGACAAACCCUAGAAAAGGAUGUGUAUGCAAUAUUUGUGAAAUAUGUAAGGGAAGUGGCUAGUGGUAGGAGAGGCUCUGUAUCUCUAGGACAUAUCCUACAGUUUGCCACAGGGACUGAUGAAGAACCUAUGCUUGGCUUUUCCAUUCAUCCGUCUAUAGAAUUUGUAGAAGUCCAAGCAAACUCCUCCUUCAUUCCAACAGCCAACACCUGCAUAAAUUGUAUGAAGUUACCAAGACCAUCUUUGGAAGUUAAGUUACCUGCUGAUACAGAACUGUUUUCAUUGUAUGAUUAUGCAUUUAUGAAUUCAUUUUAUGGUCUUAUCUAA